CAGUAUGGAGUUCAGGUCACUCUCUGUAAUACUCUUGCUGACUACCAUCAUCUGCUGCGGACAAAGUGAAGAUCUACCCAGAGCUACACUGACUGCAGAACCAGCGAGUGCAGUGUUCUCUGGAGAGUCAGUCACCCUCAAGUGUGAAAUAGAACAUAUCAACAUAUCAUGGACAUAUCAAUGGAAUAAGCAGGAUAAAUGGCAUGGAUGGACUGCAGUAUCUCAGUCUGAGUAUUACAGUGAAAACAUGAGUGCACUCACUAUCACAGAAGAUGCUGUGUUGGAUGGGGAUCAAUAUCGCUGUAGAGGAGAGCAAAGUGACAGACCAACAUCAUCACAGUACAGUAACACUGUUUUGCUCACUGUAAAGGCUUUACCUAGAGCUACACUGACUGUAGAACCAGAGAGACCUUUGUCCACUGGAGAGUCAGUCACUCUGAAGUGUGAGAUUAACACUCAUGCUGGAUGGACAUAUCAGUGGCAUAAACAGAAUAAACAGAGUGGAUGGACUGCAGUGCCUCAGUCUGCGAAUUGCACUGUAAACAGAGACACUCUCACCAUCAGAGAAGAUGCUGUGAUUAAUGGAGAUCAGUAUCAGUGUAGAGGAGAGAGACGAUACAGACCAACAUCAUCACAGUACAGUGAAUCUGUUACACUCACUGUAAAGGUCUUUCUGAGGGUCAGUCCCAGCAGAACUCAACACUUUAUUACUGACUCUCUCUCACUGAGCUGUGAGGGACAGAGUGACUCUGCUGGAUGGAGAGUGAGACGAUACACACACAGUGAGAAGGUGUCAGAUUGUUCAUCAGGCUGGGGAUCAGUUACAGGAUCUACAUGCAACAUCAACUCCCUCAGCACAUCCCACACUGGAGUGUACUGGUGUGAGUCUGAAUCUGGAGAGAGCAGUAAUGCUGUCAACAUCACAGUGCACAGUGUGUCUAAUUCAGGAGCUUCAUUCUCAGUGUUCAGUCUGCUCAGUAGUUUAAUGGCAGUGUCUCCGUAUCUGCUGGUGUCCAUCGUGCUGAUGGUCAAAUGCUACAGAGCUCGAGCUAAAUCUGAUCAGCUGAACCUGAUGAGCUGAACACAGUGUGAGCAGUGAUAGAAGCUGGAGCAUGUUGAUGAGAGUCAGUCAGAGGAUUAUGAUCAUGAUUAUAUGAUAUAUGUUGUCCAGUGUUUGUUGCAUGAUGUUGAUCCAGUUAUAUAUAACUACACUUGGCAGGUCAGCAUUAGCUGCUCAAUAAAACACAGAUUCAUUUAUGCUCUUGGUCAGUAGGUGUCAGUAAUGAGAUGCCUGUGGUUUACAUGUUUUAGUUCCUGACUCAGCCUUAAAGUUCAAAUCAUUAAUUUAAAAGUGACAAAA